CAUCGAACUUCCAAACCAUAAUAAUAAUUCUUCCAUCUCAAUCUUAUGACAUACCCAUCUAAAUCUUUCAUCUUCAUCUCCGGGUUUUGCCGCCAUCGAAUCCGGUGAGGAACUGACUCUCCUACCUGGCUGUUUCGUUCAUUGUAGGAGAGAUUACACAGCAAGAACAAGGUUUGUGUACAAUCGCGAUCCUCGCCGUCGGUAAUCACUACAUCGGCCGGAGUUUCAAAUGAAAACAAACUAGUGAUUGUGUACAAUCGUACAUAUUCAUAUCAAAUUGAUUGUGGCAAAUCCAACAAAACCAUAUCCAUAUCAAUCACAUGUAUUGUCCAGGUGAUUGAAUUGAUUGGGCAAAGCUCUCUCUGGAUCCUGGCAUCGUGUGCAAUGGCCAUUGGGAGAAGGGGUAUGCUGAUCUUGUAUUUUUAUUGGAAGGGAAGAGGUUGUUGACGGUAGGUGGAGAAAAGAUGAAUCGAAGAUAUAAAUGGGCAGGAUACAGCUGGCCCUCAUUUUGUUGUAGCAAAAUUACUAUUAUUUUUUUAGUGUUCGUGAUUAUUUACUUACAAGGAUAAAUUAGUUAUUCUGUAAUUACCAAAUUAAGUAAACUCUCAUCUAACGAAAGACUAACAGAAAUUUGGAUGGAGGGCAUGUUUGAUAAUGUGAUCAUAAUAAAAGGGCAUAGUUGAUGUGAAAAAUUAUAAAGGGCACGUUUGAGAAAAAUCAUAGUAGAGGGGAAAAUAUACUUAUAACUCGAAAAUAAUCAAGCAUAAAAGUGAAAAUAAUCAAGGAUAAGUCUCUGUAAAGCCCGUCUGUCGACAUAUGUUGUGCCUCUACAGGAUAAGCAUUAUAUUAUUUUUAUUUAAUAAAAAAACAGGAAUAGUCGUUAAUUAAACUUGUAAAAUUAAUGAAGCUUUAGAAAUGUAAUAAUUAUUCCACCAAGCAAUAACGAUGGAAAAAAGAUAAGAAUUAGAACCCCCACCAAGGAAUAAACAUAAGUAGUGAACUAGUGAUGGUAAUUUCAACUCGCUCCGCGGGUAUUGCCCGAUCUGACCUGCGAUGGAGCGGGUAUUACCUGACCCGUGAUGGGGGCGGGUAUUACCCGACUUGCAGUAGCGUGGGGUGGGGCAUGAGUAUCUAUUUUGCGACCCGCCUUGCCCCGCCCCGCCCCGUUCUAGACUCAUCUUAUCUCAAUUUCUUACAAUAUCUAUACAUAUUUCUCCUAUUUUGACUUUUCUUCAACUAGUUAGAGUCGAUCUUUCAACUUGUUAGGCUCAAUUAUCCAUUCUAUUAUCAAUAUUUUUCAUUCUUAAAUUGUUUUUACCUACGUUUUAUUGUAAAAAGUAAAAUUUACUUGUAUUUUUUUUUUAACAACAUGUAAGAAUGGGUCGACCCGACUCGCUCCGUACCCACACGGGUUUUACCCGCCCAGACCCGUAGUAGCGUGGGGCGGAGCAUGAGAAUUGAGGUACCGCCCCGCCCCAUUGCCAUCACUAAACAUAAGUAACAAAUAAAAAUCAUCAGCAUGCACCAGCAUUUAAGAAAUUCCAAUUUAAAAACGUCACAGCAACAAACAUGAUUGCAAGGAGGUAAAGUCCUUCCCCUCCCAUACCUAUAUGCAAACUAGUGCAUGGGUUUCUGUUCUUUUAAGAUAGAAAGACAGAGUCAUGAGUGAUUGAAAGUUAUUGCUACCCUCCCCAUAAUAACUCGUCGUAUUAAAUGGAACCCAUUCCACUAGUAAUUUAAUUCAUCAGUUAAUCGGUUCUAUGCACGCGCCGGGGAGAAGAGCUAAUCAACCGCGGCGGCACAAUUGAGAGUAGGAUCAAUAAGCAAGUAACCCAAAAUGCAACAAUUCUCGAUCUCAGAUUAUGGAUUUGAUUAUACAUUAGAGUAGAAUAUGCUCCACUUAGAGGAAAAGAUGGAGCAUAAUAUCAAGGAAAGUCUACGAUAGCAUGUAGAUAUUCAAUCCUUUGGAGAACCUUAACAUUCCGGAGACACAAUUAUCAAUUUCGAAUUGAGGAGUUCAUAAAAACUUAUGCGUAAUAAAAAAAAAAAACUUUACGACAUUCGGAUUGAGGAGGUAAAAGUUAUGCCCUGUCAUGAACCAGUUGGUCCCAAUAACUCGAGUUAUUGGGAGAAGGUUAUGCUGGAUCUUAUACAGGCCCGUGUAUGGUGCUUAACCACUUCCUUACACGCCCCCUCAAACGAAAGCCGACUCAUGGGCUUGAAGUUUGCACAGGCCCAGCCCUACCAUGUGCUUGAAAGACAACGGUUAAUAUUGGGGGUCGUGAGGACUUGAACACGUGACCUCAAGGACAAACCAGCUCUGAUACCACGUCAUAAACCAGUUGGUCCCAAUAACUCGAGUUGUUGGGAGAAGGUUAUGCUGGAUCUUAUACAGGCCCGUGUAUGGUGCUUAACCACUUCCUUACACGCCCCCUCAAACGAAAGCCGACUCAUGGGCUUGAAGUUUGCACAGGCCCAGCCCUACCAUGUGCUUGAAAGACAACGGUUAAUAUUGGGGGUCGUGAGGACUUGAACACGUGACUUCAAGGACAAACCAGCUCUGAUACCAUGUCAUGAACCAGUUGGUCCCAAUAACUCGAGUUAUUGGGAGAAGGUUAUGCUGGAUCUUAUACAGGUCCGUGUAUGGUGCUUAACCACUUCCUUACAUGCCCUUCCAAAGUUUGGAAAAUAUGAAAAAAUGCUUGUUCGGGUUAACAAACAACAUUUUUUUUAGACAAAGGCUUGUCGCAGAUUGGAAGAUCUUGAAAAGUUAUGUGGAAUCGAAAAAAUUUCCGCUACAAUCGGAUAACCGAGCACAAAAUUACGUUCAUAUGAAGUUUCGGUGUUAGAUCAGGCAUUCACCGCGGCCGUCAACCGCGGUGAUGCAUUCACCGCUUUCGUCUGCCGCGGUGAAUGCAUUCACUACGGUUGACAGCCGAAGUGAUGCCCAAAUAUGUGUAUUUUGAAAAAAAAAAUGAUAACGUGUGUAUUUUGGGAAUUUUUUUAAAAAACAUUCGUAUUUCAAGAUUUCAUCCACCUUUUUAUGAGAGAUUGAUAAGGCAGUGUCAGAAUAACUGGGGAUGCCCAAAUGUUGUCCCGAUUACAAGCUACCGUUGAUUAUCGUUUAUGCUACAACAAAACACGACUCUAAUGACAUUUGUAUAGUGACAUUUUUUAUUUGUGUCUCUUUAAGGUAAAAAAUCAGCUAUGAUUAUAACGUUUUUCAUUAUUGUUAUUUUAGACAAAUAUUUUCUAACAUUACCAAUAAACCAACGGAAUAUAUUAACUGGGACUAAGAAAGAGAUAGAAAAAGAGAGAAAACAAUUAUUUAUCAAUCUUGAUUUUUGUUUUUUGUAUCUCUAUUUAUCUAUUUGAUCAUGAUAAGCUAGAAAGUGGUGUGAGUUAUCAUUAUUAUUAUUAUAUAUAAACGUGAAGUGAGGUUACUGUUGUCAAAAUAACUACAUUUUGAUACCUAAAAUUUAAUUAAAUUACAACUUAGUCAUUAUAAUGUAUAUUGUACAUUUUGAUACCCCAAAUUUAAUUAUAAAGUAAAAUCAUUGAACAAUUAUGUUUUAGCAUCUAAACUUUAUGAGAUUUUCAUACCUACAAUUUUAAAAUUUACAUAUUGGUCCAAUGUUUACAUUUCACUUGAAUUCAUAAAUCCAAUCCACCGUAACAUAAAAUUAUAAAUUUUGUUUGUACCAUACAAGAUGUUGUAUCACUCAACUGUAGAAGAAGAUUCGACCAUUUUGGUCUUUGAUGAGAUUUUUACUUCAAAUAAACAUGUAUGAUUUCCAUUUGAAAUAAUAACGAUCAUUUUUAAAAGAGCAUUCUAUUCGGUGAUGUGACAACAUAUUUAGUAAAAUAUAAUACGAGUACAUUAAGAUAUUGAUCUGUACGAAGUUUUUGUAUGACAUUUUAAUAGAACAAUGUUUAAAAAAAUCAACAGUAAUAAAAAUCAUAACACUUUAUGUAUUUCUUUCAUUGCCUUCUUCGUCUAACCAUAAUUAGUAAUUGAACCAUGAACCAUUAACGUUUUCAGCUCAAUGUCGAGUCCAAUUAAAAAUAAAGAUAUAUGACUAUUACUUAUUAGAAAGUCAUCAUUGUCCACUAUGGGAUUGGAAGGCUUCAAAUUUUUAGCGAGUGACCGUUUGUAUUCAUUUUGCUUCUCUAUAGAGUUUUUCUUUUUCGCCCGGGCUAGAUUUUCAACAAUUAUAUAUUUGACUAGGUACCUACACAUAUCAAAUAAAUAGUUUCCAUUUUUCUAAAAACAGUAAAUAAUUAUCAUCUAAAAUACAUCAACAUAAAAGGAAUUAAGGCUCAACUAUGCAAAUUAUAGUUCGGUACAUAAACUUAAUAGAUCUUAGAUUUAUAGCCUAAAUUUAUUUUUUUAGCAUACAAGUCCUCAAAAAUCAAAAUAUUGAUGGAACAAUACAUUUUAGUACCUAAUUUUUUUACUACAUUUUGGUACCUAAAAUUUUGAAGUUCUACAAAUAGUUCUAAUUUUUGUAUGGGUAAUUAAAACACCUUCGAAUAAAUGAGUAUCCACACCCAACUCAUACACAUUUAGAUUAUGAAAGUAAAUAUCCAUACCCUACCCAAUCUCAUCUACAACUUCCAAACACAUAUAUAAGUCACCCAUACCCUACCCAUAAUCAAUGGGUCUACUUGAAUUUAGGUAAAUAUAGUUUAUUAGCCAAAAAUUUCAAAAUAUUUAAAAUUGGAUGUUGACUGUCAUAUAUCUUUUCUUAUUCAAUAUCAUAUUUUCAAGUCAAUAUUAUUAACAAAACUGCUAACAAAAAAUUAAUUUUAGGAUAAUAAUACUAACAAAAUAUCAUAACGGGUCACAUAAUACAUUGAGGAUAGGCCAUCUCCUCCCGCGACAAGGCGCGACAUCGCCACCUAGUAAUAAAUGAGAAAGAAACAAGAUUUUCCCAUGAUUUCCCUCAAGCAACGGCAGUUCUCCAUGAUUCCUUAUAUUGCUCGCCUAAUUAGUUUAUUUAGCAUAUAUGAUCUUUAUCUCCAUGACUUUGAUUCCUACUAAUGAUUUUCCCGUAACAAGUUAUUUCUAUUUCUCCGUACGAUGAAGUUUUCUCCAACAAGUUAAACAAUCUCAAGCUUUUCAGCCACAAGCUAAGUGCAAUCCUCUUAUUUUCUGAGUAGCGGUUUCUUCCUGCUAGCUCGACCUCACAACCUCUUCGAUUCGAUGUGCAUGGUUCCAGGUGAUUUUUACUGGCUAUCAAGAGGAUGCAACAAAAGAUAUUCAGGCAAAAAGUAACAGGAAAGUGGAUUAGCCAACAUCAAAGAAAUAAGUUGCAUAAUGUAGCACAUUGUGAUAUAUUGAGUUUUUUUUUUUCAAAGAUAUUCCCACAAGGAAACACCUAGAUACGAAUUGGAAGCUUUUUCAAGCAACCGUAAUAAUAUAAAUAAGAGAAAGGGACGACGGUCGACAAAUAGUCAAACCAUCAAUAAGAAAGCCUUUUUCGCCACACAACGGGCAGCUCUUUAAUACCUAUACGACACGGAUAGUAUCCAUAAUUUUUACUCUAUAAAAGAUUAAAAAAAAUCAUGAAAAUAACCAUACUGAAAUCGAAGCAGAGAAGCAAUCCUUGCAGUUUUGGCAGGAGAAUCACCUGCAAAAUUAACAAAGAAAUGGUCUCUCCAACAGGACCAAUGGUUUCGCACAUACACCAUGAACAAUCUAUUCUAAUCGUCAUGUCUAACUAAUAUUAGCUCUCCAAGAGGAAACAAGUUGGGACCGGGAAUUCUAAUAAUGAAACGACCCAAAGAAUGAUCCUGUGAAAAUCUAGGAUAAAAAGUACAUAUAAAACCAUAACGAAAAUCAAUUAGUGGCCGUAAGAAGGUUGGAAGAAAAUAGAAGCCCAACCCAAAAAAGCAAUAAAAAGUAUAGCACCUGCAAUGCAAGCCCAGACUGGAAAAAGUAUUAAUAAAGAUUCACUAAUGACGUAUUGACGGUAAAUUCUUUAAAGCCUUUUGGGACAUUGUUGGCGAUUCAGUGAUCAACGCAGUCUGCUCUUUCUUUUCGGCGAGUAAGAUACUGCAGGGCUUCAAUCACACGUGGCUGACUUUGAUCCCUAAGGUGGAUGCGGUAGAAAACAUGCGCCAGCUUCGUCCUAUCAGUCUGUGCCAAUUCAUUUAUAAAGUUAUUACCAAAAUCAUGGCGGAUCGUCUGGCUAAUCUCUUACCGAAUAUAGUUUCGGAGGGGCAAAAUGCUUUCAUCAAAGAGCGCCAGAUAGUGGAUAAUGUUCUCCUUGGACAUGAGUUAAUGCAUUACCUCAAGAUCAAGAAGCAAGGCAAGAAAGGUUACAUGGCGCUAAAGGUUGACAUGGAGAAGGCCUAUGAUAGAGUCGAAUGGCCCUUUCUUCUUGCGGUUCUUGAGAAAAUUGGCUUUAAUUCUACCUGGAGGGGCUGGAUCAGGGAGUGCCUUACAUCCACUUCAUUUUCGGUUUUAAUGAAUGGCACCCCAUCGGGGUAUUUCUCUCCCACUAGGGGUCUUAGGCAGGGGGAUCCCCUCUCACCUUUGCUUUUUGUACUCUGUACUGAGGGUUUUGCCGCUCUCUUGCGGAAGGCUAUUGCUGAGCACAAAUUGGAAGGUGUGAAGGUUGCUCCUCGUGCUCCGAGAAUUUCCCACCUGUUCUUCGCUGAUGAUUCCUAUCUGUUCCUUCGUGGCUCUCCCCAGGAGUGUGAAAAACUGCUUGAUGUGUUAAAUGAGUACGAAGAACUCAGUGGGCAGAGAGUUAACCUGGGUAAAUCAGCAGUGUGCUUUAGCAAGAAUAUUGCCAUACCAGACCAAGAGUUCUUGGCCCAGAUCCUGGGGGUGGGUGCAGUGGGCGUCCACGACAAAUAUCUUGGCCUGCCAACGCUGAUAGCCCGUUCUAAUAUGGCUACCUUCCGGUAUCUGGAGGAGAAAUUAUUGGAGAGACUACAGGGCUGGAAGAAACGGACUCUUUCUUGGGCAGCAAAGGAAACCUUGAUCAAAUCGGUUGCUUUAGCUUUACCCCUGCAUGUCAUGUUUUAAGCUCCCCUUCUCCCUCUGUCGCCUUCUUGAUAAGCAUUUAGCUCGGUUCUGGUGGGGCAUUGAGGGUGAACGUUCCAAAAUUCAUUGGAUGUCUUGGCGUAAUAUGUGUCGCAGUAAGCAUGAUGGUGGUAUGGGCUUCCGUCACUUCGAGCAUUUUAAUCAAGCUCUCUUGGCUAAGAUUGGAUGGCGUAUCCUGAAUGAAUAGAGUCCCUCUUAGCCCAACUUUAUAAAGGUAAGUAUUUUCCUCAGGGUACGUUCCUUACGGCCACGGCACGGUCGCGUCCUUCUUGGGGCUGGCAGAGUAUCCUGUUUGGAAGAAAUUUGUUGGAGAAGGGUCUCCGCUGGCAGAUUGGUGAUGGUCAGACCGCUUCUCUUCUGCAAUCCAGCUGGAUUCCUCGCCUACAUCCUUCUGCCCCGGUAAGUAAUCCUCGGAUUAUCCCAGAGGACAGGGACCUGUGUGUUUCUGAGGUGUUGUGCCCAGGUGAGGGGCGGUGGUGUGAUUCCAACCUGGGACAAUGGUUCGAUCCCCCCUACCUGUCAGGCAAUUAAGGCAAUUCCCCUUCCCAGGCAUCAGCCUUCCCAGGGAUCGAGUUCUUCCUUCGCGUAUCCUGUCUGUUCUCCCAGCGGCCGCGCCUGGUGAGUCCAGGGUCGUCUGCCGCUGGGAUGGGGCUACCAGGCAGGGGGCUCCCUCGGCUGGGGGUAUGGUUCUUAUGACUUCAUCCCAGGAAGUAAUUUUGGCCAGAGGGAUUCAGUUUCAUGACCUUGGUGAUCCUAUGGUCAUUGAAUUGCUAACCCUUCGGAAGGCGAUUGGCUGGUGUUUGGGGCUGGGAUUCACGGAGGUGAGGUUUGAAGGAGAUGCCAAGGUGAUUAUUGACAAGAUUAUUUCGCGGCAGACUAGUGAUAACCGGGUGGGAGCUAUUCUAGAAGAAGUUAUACACUAUUUUCAUUCUCAUCCGAGGUUAGGUGUGCUGUUUAUAGUUCGGAAUAACAAUAUGGUAGCCCAUAGGGUGGCUAGAAAGGCCCUUUCGUUGUCUCGACUAUGAGCUGUGUUUUUGAUUUUCGAGCCUGGUUGAUUUCCAGGAUGUAAUUAUCUCUUAUUGAUUCAAUAUAAGAAUACAUUUUGUAAAAAAAAAAAAAAAAAAGACGUAUUGACGGUAGAAAAGAAAAAAAUAAAAUACUAUUAAAACGAACGAAAUAACCAAAAGGAUAAGAAAGUCCUAGAAAAAAUAACAAAAUGAAUAAAGAGAGCGGGUAACGCCUUACACGCGUCAGCGAAUAAAAUCAGAGUCCCCAAUUCACAUUACCGCUUACCUUCGUCGGAUAAGGACGAGUGGUGACACGCGUCGGCCAUCGACGAGCUGAAUUAGCGCAAGAGGCCAGCUGGCGGGGUGCCUCACACGCGCCGGUGCAUGCAAUUCCUCGCCGGCACCGGAGCAUAUGGAAAGGCUGAAACAAGGAAGAAGUAGAGGAAUACUAGCCGCCCUACUUAGAUGUUGCUGGUGUCGAAGGCAGCCCAGGCGGCAACCAAGGAAGCUGAAAUGGUCAUGCAGCGGGAGCGGGAGCGGAAGCCAGCGGAGGAGCGCAAUAGCGGAUGAGUGGUGAUGUAUAUUGAGUUAUUCACUUAUUUGCCUAGUAGAUAUAUAUCCAGCUACCUAGAGGCCGAAUGCGAAAAUCAAAUGAAGGGCAAAAAAGGGAGCAAAUUUGAGAAUAAAAAAGGUUCACAAAUAUGAUGCCAUUGUAGUUAUUGUAGGUUUAGGAUUGAACCGUAAAAGUGAAGAAAAUGAACGUUGGUAGGGUGU